CUUCUAGAUGCAGUGAUGCAGGGAUAAAAUUGAGAGACAAAAACCGAAAUUUUAAAGAAAGACGGUAGUAUGUAUGUAAACAUGAAAGUUGGUAUGGUGGGGCCAAAAUAUAUGUAUAUACUUCGUAUGGUAAAGUAGCCGAAGGGCCACGAGACGCAGUCGCAUUUCACGAAUUAUUACAGCGUGUAUGUUAGCUGAACCAAGCGAAGCGAAUCCCUGUGAAAGAAAAGUGAAAUUGAGAAAGAGAAAGAAAGAAAGAAACAGUGCGCUGUGUUUCUUUUCUUGCAGUCCAAGUGUUUGACAAAUGGCGUCAGUGUUCAUGAGCCCAGUCUCAGUCUCAGUCUCAACCAAUCCCAGACUCCAAAGAACUCCUUCAACCUCAACCUCAAUGUUCGUCUCUCUCGCCAGUUCCGAUUCUCAGCCACCCUCCGAAGAAUUGUACCCGGAAACCACUGGUGACCGGUCCAGGAAAGAUAGGCGCAGAGUGGUUCGAUUGGCCUGGGAGAAGCUGGUUCGUUGGUCCCGCUCUUGGCGCUCCAAGACCAAGACUGAUGAUGUUCUUGAACGUACUAAUAAGGUUGUGGUGCUUGGAGGUGGAUCGUUUGGUACAGCAAUGGCUGCCCAUGUUGCAGAUAGAAAGGCUCAAUUGGAAGUUCACAUGCUUGUACGUGAUCCUCAAGUUUGCCGAUCCAUUAAUGAGAGCAACUUUAAUUGCAAGUACUUGCCAAAACAUAAACUACCUGAAAAUGUGAUUGCAACAACUGAUGCCAAAUCUGCUUUGCUUGGUGCGGACUAUUGUCUUCAUGCUGUGCCCGUGCAGUUCACCUCAUCUUUUCUUGAGGACAUUGCAGAUUAUGUAGAUCCUUGCUUGCCAUUCAUCUCCCUUAGCAAAGGGUUAGAGCUGAAUACAUUGAGAAUGAUGUCUCAGAUUAUUCCCCAAGCAUUGAGGAAUCCUCGCCAGCCUUUUGUUGCACUAUCAGGCCCUUCAUUUGCACUAGAAUUGAUGAAUAAAUUGCCAACAGCAAUGGUGGCAGCAUCAAGGGACCAGAGAUUGGCAAGUGCUACUCAGCAGUUACUAGCUUCUAGUCAUUUAAGAAUCAGCACUUCAAGUGAUGUUACAGGAGUGGAAAUUGCAGGUGCACUCAAAAAUGUGCUUGCAAUAGCAGCAGGUAUUGUUGUAGGGAUGAAUCUUGGUAACAACUCUAUGGCAGCUCUUGUUGCACAAGGUUGUUCUGAGAUACGAUGGUUAGCAACAAAGAUGGGUGCGAAGCCAACAACCAUUACUGGUCUAUCAGGAACUGGAGACAUCAUGCUCACAUGUUUCGUGAAUCUUUCAAGAAACAGAACGGUUGGAGUCCGCCUUGGAUUGGGGGAGAAGCUUGAUGAUGUUCUGAGUUCUAUGAAUCAGGUGGCAGAAGGUGUAUCAACAGCUGGAGCUGUGAUUGCAUUGGCCCAGAAGUAUAAUGUGAAGAUGCCAGUUUUGACGGCAGUUGCUCGAAUUAUAGACAAUGAACUGACCCCGAAGAAAGCUGUUCUCGAGUUGAUGAGCCUUCCUCAGGUUGAAGAAGUAUGAAACCUAAGGGCUUUGUCAAGAAAAUGAACAAUUUUUGUUGAGUGAAGCACUCCGACAUUAACUCCAGGUGCUGACAUAUAUCAAACCACACGAGGAACAAUUUACAAUUACACAAAUGACAUUACACAAGUGGAUAUUUUUGGGUCUAUAUUGCUUGAACUCCCUAUUUUUUGGUCAGGAGAACAGUUUUGUAAAUCAGGAAUGAUUUUGAAAUUCUCAAAAUGAGAUAUAAUUGAAAUGAUGGUUUUCAUUUGAUAA